UUCACAUCCGUGUGUCCCUGAAGGUGGCCUAGGGAGAGCCAAGGAGCACUGAUCUGGGUGUGCUACGGCUGGGGCAGAAGUCCUUGUAGGACGUACCUUGUGACGCCUCCUUUUCUUCCAGCAGGAUCUUCCUGCUCCCUCCUUCGCGGCAGAUGAGCUUUCCAGGGCGGACAACUGCCCUCCUCGGCCUGAGUCUGACCCUGCUUCUCUGCAGCCAGGCUCCAGGGGUCCAGGGCCAAGAAUUCCAGUUCGGACCCUGCCGAGUGGAGGGUGUAGUCCUCCAGGAACUCUGGGAGGCCUUCUGGGCCAUGAAGGACAUUGUGGUGACUAAGGAUAACAUCACGAGUGUCCGGCUGCUACGGAAGGAGAUUCUGCAGAACGUUUCGGACGUCGAGAGCUGUUACCUCAUCCGUGCCCUGCUGAAGUUUUACCUGAAUACCGUUUUCAAAAACUAUCUGGAUAAGGCAGCUGAUUCCAGGAUCCGGAAGUCAUUCUCAACUCUGGCCAACAACUUUUUUGUCAUCGCCUCAAAACUGCAACCCAGUCAGGAAAAUGACAUGUUUUCUAUCAGUGAGAGUGCACGCCGGCGGUUUCUACUGUUCCAGAGAGCAUUUAAACAGUUGGACAUCCAAUCAGCCCAGACCAAAGCCUUUGGAGAAGUGGACAUUCUCUUGACCUGGAUGGAGAAAUUCUACCAGUUCUGAAUGCCAACACCAGGAUACCCUCCUUGUUCUCCAUGUCAUUUUGAAUGUGCCAUAUCCCUUCCAGUGAUGUUCUCUGAGCACUUCACCCCUUUGACGAUGGAUAUCCUUCUUGG